CCAAGCAAUCUCUGGAGCAUUACUAGUGAUGUGACACAGUCAUUUUGCCCCUGAUAUGUCCUACAAACGUUACAGAAAACAUGCAGCUAUCCCAGCGCUGUGUAAACUGUUCUUUUCUUUGUCCACCAGUCAGUGUCGACCUUACUUUCAUAAAUGUUUUGUAAUUAACUGUCUAACUUUUGAAAUCUAUUUCAAGAACAACUAGAAGGUAAAAGGUAACUAUUCCAAAUGUUCAGUUUGCAAGUUGAUAAUCUGUCGCCUGAGAAAUAGCCCAGAGUCAGAGAUUUGCAGAAAGAACAUCAGCUCGAAGCCCAGACAUGAGGAACAGGCAAAGACCUGAAGUAAAGAUGGUGAAUGUAGGUAUCAGGAGACAGAAAGACAAUUGUGGAUGAAUUUACUCAGGUGAUUGUGAAGGCCAAGGUCGUUCCAGCAUGGUAGAGUGCUGGCAUGGACCUCACAGCAUUCCCAGGCAGAAAUGGCACUGGGCAUUCAGAAGUCCCAUACAGUGCAUUCGCUGACCCGUGUGUCAAUCAUACAGUGUUGGACCAGGCCUGGAGAAGCAUCGAUUGUGGUUUGUUGGAAUGCUUGAUUGGGCUGAUAUGUGAUGAAAGUCUUCAACAGGGAUGGUACAGGUUUAACAGUUUCGGUGGAUGGAAAAUACCCGAGAUUGUUAUUCCACUCACUAAUUGUUCUUCGUGGAGCACAGGCUGGCUAAAUGGACGACAUCCCACUGUGAUGAAAGGGGAGGUCACCAGGACUGUGUGUUUCAACUGGUUUGCGAAUUCCUGCUACAGGAAACGAGAGAUUCAGAUUAAAAACUGUUCCAGUUUUUUUGUGUACGAGUUGAAGCCGGCUCCCUUCUGUCCUGCUGCUUGUUGCACAGAUAUUCAGUACCAAUGGGUUAAUGUGUUGCUUACUUUGGAGAUGGAGAUCAAGAUUGAAGAGGCGAAGAAAAUCGCCUUGCAGAGGCUUCAGAAGAUGGUCAACAAGAGAGCUGGCCGGGAGCUGGAAUUGGCCUUGGAAGAGGGAUACUGUUUAGCUAUGGACCUCUUGGAAUCUGAAGGAAGUUGACCAUGCUCAUUAGACUCUAACACCGGGUGAUCGCCUCACUUGUUAACUUCAGCCUUGACACUGAGCGACUGGAACUCCUCUUCGCAUUCUUCAGAAAACUCUUAGAAAUUGUUGUUUAUUUUCUGACUGUUUUCGGGGAGCAUUUUAUUUGUACACAUUUAUGCCAAUGCACUGCUGAUUCUGUUUGGUGGCUUGUGUGAUUAUAGAUGUGUUG